CCCUUUCCUGCAGCCUUCCAGUGCGAGAUUGAGAUGGGAACAUUCAGCAUAUCCACAGGCGAGGAGAAAUGGGAAAUCUGGAACUAGUCUUCCCUCAUGAAUCGCUAAAACAUGGGAUAACAGGGCCAAACGGACCGUACUUCAACCGCGAUCCCGAUUACUAACGGGGAGACGGGAUUUGUCGUGGGAAAACUGUCUCUUUGUUUUUUGAUUCGGUUCUUUUUGGACUCUCGAUACAAAGGAUUUAUCAGCAUAUGUGGAAGAUUGGGGUCCUGUGUUGUUAAUACAACAUUAACAUCACGGAAUGCAUUGAAAAUGUGUAAAUAACUCAUAUGGAAAGUAAGUAGGCCUAAUUAGAAAUCUAUUAUCACUUUUCUCGUCACAUGGGACUUGCAUGCCCUGAUCAUCAGCGCAAGGAGAGGACAGAUGCUGUCAUUGUGUCGAGACUGAGAUUUUUUUUACCGUUCAUAUUCUGCAAGUGAUCUUGUUGGAAUGAUGCAGUAUCGAGAAAGCCCUUUAGUUUCUUACACAGUCCCUGGUUUUAGUACCAAAACAUCAAUUUAUCUGGAUGAAAAUAGAUAUUGUGAUUGCGAAAAGGUAUUAAUAGAUACAUUGGUGUUUUUUAAGGGUGUUAGUAAUAUCACAAUUACAACUGGUAUUUUUCAGUUUUAGUUUGUUUCAGUAUUGAAAGCCACGUAGGCUAUCUGUACCUUUCUUCGGUCGGAACUGGAUCAUUAGGCAAUUCGAGAAAUAGCGCUUCAGUUCUGGUGACAUCACCCGCAGCUUCGAAUAGAACUGAACUGUAGAUCAUCAACAAUGGUGGAGCCGGUGGGAUUCAUCGAAGCGUGGAAAGCGCAGUUUCCCGAAUCGGAUCCCCCUAAAAUGGAGCUCCGGUCGGUUGGGGGCAUCGAGCAGGAGCUGGAAAAAUGCAAAGCCUCUAUCCGACGGCUGGAGAUGGAGGUCAACAAGGAGCGCUUCCGCAUGAUAUACCUGCAGACGCUCCUGGCCAAGGAGAGGAAGAGCUAUGACCGUCAGCGCUGGGGCUUCAGGAAGGCCCAGAUGGCGGAGGGGGACCAGGCUGGACUGGGGGCAGACUCCCAGCAACCCCACGUCCAGGAGCAGGGCGAGAGGACGAGGUUCCAGCCGGUGGGAGAGACCCGCUCCAAACCUCGGCCGCCUCCGGCCCGGAAGUCGGCCUCCCACGGGGAUGGGCUGGAGCUCCAGUCUGCCUUCGAGGUACCUCAGCAGGUGGAGUCCUGCGACACCGACGGACUCUCGCCCUCCAAGCAGAGAGGGGGCGUCUCCCCUCGCCGUCCGCACCCCGUCCCAGACAAGGACCUCGUCAUGGACCCCAAAGACAAGCACGCCAUGGGGCUCGGCGUGGCGGCGCUGCGCUCCAACUUUGAAAGAAUCAAGAGGGCCAACUCCCACUCUGCGGGGGACGUGGCCAAGACCCAGGAGAAACAGCAGCAGCAGCAGCAGCCCUUCUACACCAACAUGGAGUUCCACCACGACCGGGGGCUCGUCCGGGUCAACGACCGCGACGUGUCCGACAAGAUCAGCACCCUGGGCAGCCAGGCCAUGCAGAUGGAGCGCAAGAGGUCCCUGCACUCGCUGCCGGGCAACCUUGCCACCGUCGCCGGCGAGCUGCGCACCCGGCCCGUCUACAGGGGGCGCUCCACCGAGAGCACGUGCGGCUACGACGCCGAGUACGAGGACGGCGAGCCCAACCCGCGCCACCCCAGGGCCAACGGGGGGAAGCCCCCCCCGCCGCCGUGGCAGCCGUCCGACUUCCAGCCAUACACAAGUGUUUACGUGGGAGGGGUGAUGAUGGGCGAGGACGGGCGGGGGACGGGCGUCACCAUGAGGGACCACGGCCUGGGUGACGAGCAUCACCUGACCUGGCCCCGGCGCUCCUAUUCGCCGGGCAGCUUUGAGGACGUGGGCGGCGGCGGUGGAGGCUACACGCCGGACUGCAGCUCCAAUGAGAACCUGACGUCGAGCGAGGAGGACUUCUCCUCGGGCCAGUCCAGCCACGUGUCCCCCAGCCCCACCACGGCCUUCAGGCGGCCCUUCAGGGAGAAAAGCCGCUCGCCGUCGCAGAACUCCCAGAAUUCCCAGCAUUCCUUUGACAGCAGCAGCCCUCCAACGCCACAAUCCCAGAAGCGCCAUCGCCAGGGUCAUGUUGUCGUUUCCGAAGCCACCAUCGUCGGCGUCCGCAAGACCGGUCAGAUCUGGCCUCCGCACGACCCCGAGUCCGGCCCCCAUGGCAGAGCCUCGCAUGACAACAGUUUCCAUGGAGACCUGGAAGGCCCCUUCACGGGAACCCCUCCCACCUAUGGCUACGACGCGGACCGGGCGGAGGAGCAGCGGAGACACCACGACAUCCUGCCGUACAUCGACGACUCCCCGUCCUCCUCGCCGCACCUCAGCUCCAAGAGCCGCAGCAGCCGCGACACGCUCUCCUCCGGCUCGCUCGAGUCAUCCAAGUCGACGGAGCUGGACCUGGAGAAGGGUCUGGAAAUGAGGAAGUGGGUCCUAUCCGGGAUCCUGGCCAGCGAGGAGACCUACCUCAGCCAUCUGGAGGCUCUGCUGCUGCCCAUGAAGCCCCUGAAGGCCGCUGCCACCACCUCCCAGCCCGUGCUGUCCAUCCCCCAGAUCGAGACCAUCUUCUUCAAAGUGCCGGAGCUCUAUGAGAUCCACAAGGAGUUUUACGACGGCCUGCUACCCAGGGUGCAACAGUGGAGCCACCACCAGCGCGUCGGAGACCUCUUUCAGAAACAGGCCAGCCAGCUGGGAGUUUACAGGGCUUUCGUGGACAACUACGAGGUCGCCGUGGAGACGGCCGAGAAGUGCUGCCAGGCCAACACGCAGUUUGCCGAGAUCUCAGAGAACCUGAAGGUAAGGAGCACCAAGGAAUGCAAGGACCAGUCCGCCAAGAACUCCCUGGAGACUCUGCUUUACAAGCCGGUGGACCGCGUCACCCGCAGCACCCUGGUAUUGCACGACCUGCUGAAGCACACGCCCUCCAGCCACCCCGACCACCCCCUCCUCCAGGACGCCCUGCGCAUCUCCCAGAACUUCCUGUCCAGCAUCAACGAGGAGAGCACCCCUCGCCGCCAGUCCAUGACCGUCAAGAAGGGAGAGAACCGUCAGCUGCUGAAAGACAGCUUCAUGGUGGAGAUGGUGGAGGGAGCCAGGAAGCUUCGUCACGUCUUCCUCUUCACCGACCUGCUGCUCUGCGCCAAGCUCAAGAAGCAGAUCGGAGGGAAGAGCCAGCAGUAUGACUCGAAGUGGUACAUCCCUCUCUCAGACCUGUCCUUCCAGAGUGGCGAGGAGGCGGAGCCUCUGUCCAUCCCCCAGGUGCCCGACGAGGAGCUGGAUGCCAUGAAGGUCAAGAUCUCCCAUCUGAAGAGUGAGAUCCAGAGAGAGAAGAGAGCCAACAAGGGGUCAAAGGUCAUCGACAGGCUGAAGAAGAAGCUGUCGGAGCAGGAGUCCCUCCUGCUGCUCACGUCCCCCAGCAUGGCCCUCAGGGUCCACAACCGGAACGGCAAGAGCUACACGUUCCUGAUGUCGUCCGACUACGAGAGGGCGGAGUGGAAAGAGAUGAUCCGAGAGCAGCAGAAGAAAUGUUUAAAGAGCGUGUCUCUGACGUCCCCGGAGCUGCAGAUGCUGACUAGCUCGUGUGUGAAGCUGCAGACGGUCCACCACAUCCCCCUCACCGUCAACAAAGAAGAUGACGAGUCCCCCGGCCUCCACGGGUUCCUGAAUGUAAUCGUCCACUCGGCCUCCGGCCUCAAGCAGAGCCUGAAUCUCUAUUGCGCACUGGAGAUCGACUCCUUUGGCUACUUUGCGAACAAGGCCAAGACGAGAGUUUACCGCUACACCACGGAACCCAAAUGGAACGAGGAGUUUGAGAUUGAACUGGAGGGCUCGCAGACCCUGAGGCUCCUCUGCUAUGAGAAGAGCUACAACAAGAGCAAGCCCAACAAGGAGGAUGGUGACGGCACAGACCACAUCAUGGGCAAAGGACAGAUACCGCUGGACCCACAGACGCUCCAAGGCAAAGACUGGCAGAGAACAGUGGUCCCCAUGAACGGCAUUGAGGUGAAGCUCUCGAUGAAGUUCACCAGCCGGGAGUUUAGCCUGAAGAGGAUGCCCUCACGGAAACCGAUGGGCGUUUUCGGCAUCAAGAUCUCCACGGUGACAAAACGGGAGCGCUCCAAGGUGCCCUACAUCGUGAGACAGUGCCUGGAGGAGAUUGAGCGACGGGGGAUGGAGGAGGUGGGCAUCUACAGGGUGUCUGGGGUGGCCACAGACAUCCAGGCCCUGAAGGCUGCCUUCGACACCAAUAACAAGGACGUGUCUGUGAUGAUGAGCGAGAUGGACGUUAACGCUAUCGCCGGGACCCUGAAGCUUUACUUCAGAGAACUUCCAGAACCCCUCUUCACAGACGAUCUCUACCCCAACUUUGCUGGAGGCAUAGCCCUGUCUGACAGUGUCGCCAAAGAGAGUUGUAUGCUGAACCUGCUGCUGUCUCUACCGGAACCCAACUUGGUCACCUUCCUCUUCCUGCUGGACCACCUCAAGAGGGUGGCGGAGAAGGAGAGCAUCAACAAGAUGUCUCUCCACAACCUGGCCACCGUGUUUGGGCCGACCCUGCUGAGGCCCGCGGAGAAGGACAGCAAGAUCCCCACCAACCCCACGCAGCCUAUCAGUAUGGGCGACAGCUGGUCCUUGGAGGUCAUGUCACAGGUCCAGGUGUUGCUAUACUUCCUCCAGCUGGAGACUAUUCCCACUCCGGACAGUAAACGACAGAGCAUCCUCUUCUCAACAGAAGUAUAGAGUGACCCUCGUUUUACCUUACAAAGACAAUGAAAGACGGAGAGAAUGAGAGGACGUUUGGCUCUGAACUGACAUACUGAGCCUGUAGUUCAGUAUGUCUUAUCUGGGGAGACUCGUGUGACCAGGCCACUGCUGGACUGAAGCAGUGCUGUUCUACUUUCCACAGUGCAGCCCCCCCCCCCCCCCCCCCCCCCCCCCCCCCCCCCGUGUUCUUGAAACAGUCAGCAGAGGGAGCCGGAAGACCAGUCCUCCACGUCACACACAUCUCAGACGAUGCAGCAUCACGUCACACCCAGCGUGACUCUCUGUGCCUCCUCCAACGCAGCUUAAUUUUCGCUCCUCUCUCGGUCACUCUCACCCCCCACACCUAGCCCUCCAGCCUGGCCCCUAGCCCUCCAGCCUGGCCCUUAGCCCUCCAGCCUGGCCCCUAGCCCUUCAGCCUGGCCCCUAGCCCUCCAGCCUGGCCCCUAACCCUCCAGCCU